AUGGCAAGCACUGUUGCACCUGGUUCCGGCUCUCACAAGGCUGCUGAGGGCUCAGGUUUCGAGCCGAACACGAGCGCAUGGGUAAGAAGCGAGUUCGUACGCCACUUCGAGAAACAUGGACACGUCUUCUGGAAGAGCUCGCCCGUGCUACCACACAAUGAUCCUACGUUGCUAUUCGCCAAUGCCGGGAUGAACCAAUUCAAAGAUAUCAUCACGGGAAAAGCAGAUUCGUCAACGGAGUAUGGUAGAUUGCAACGUGUAUGCAACAGUCAGAAGUGCAUUCGUGCAGGUGGUAAGCACAACGACCUUGAUGACGUCGGACGUGACAGUUACCAUCACACAUUUUUCGAAAUGCUUGGAAAUUGGAGUUUUGGAGACUACUUCAAGAAGGAAGCCAUUGAUAUGGCAUGGGAACUUCUAACAGAAGUGUACAAAUUGGAUAAAUCGCGACUUUAUGUUACUUACUUCGGUGGUGAUCCAAAACUACCAACAUGUGGUCCUGAUGAAGAGGCACGCCAACUAUGGCUAAGACACUUACCAGCAUCACGAAUAUUACCGUUCGGCAUGAAGGACAAUUUCUGGGAAAUGGCUGAUACCGGACCAUGUGGACCAUGUUCAGAGAUACAUUACGACCACAUCGGAGGUAGGGAUGCAGCCGCAUUAGUCAAUGCUGACGAUCCGAUGGUCGUGGAAUUAUGGAACCUUGUAUUCAUGCAGUACAACCGUCGCAGUGAUGGAAGUGUAGAAUUGCUACCAAAGCCUUGUGUCGAUACUGGUAUGGGUUUGGAGCGGGUCGCCGCUGUACUCAAAUCAAGCCACAGUAACUACGACGGUGAUUUGUUCACUGACAUUUUCGCAUACGUGAAGAAAUUGAUGCCACAUCUACCACCUUAUGGUGGAUCAGACUCCAUGGUUGAUGUAGCAUACCGUGUAGUAGCAGACCACGUAAGGUGCUUAACAGUGGCAAUCGCCGAUGGAGUAGAACCGUCAAAUGACGGUCGUGGAUAUGUACUAAGACGUAUUUUACGUCGUGCAGUACGCUACGGUAAGGAACAUUUAGGUUCACCAGGACCGUUCCUGUCCAAGCUCGUGGAUUGCGUGGUAGCAUCGCUCGGUAUAGCAUUCCCGGAGAUACAAAACCAGAACGAUAAAAUCGCUUCAACAAUACAUAACGAAGAGGUACUAUUUUUUGAAACGUUAGACAAGGGUUGUGACCGUUUCCGUAAAAUGGUGGCUAAGCUACAAACCAGCUCCGAUAAAAGCGGUCCCAUGAUCGUCAGUGGGUCUGACGCUUUCCUUCUCUACAGCUCUUUCGGGUUCCCUUUGGACCUUACACAACUUAUGGCACGUGAAAUGGGUGUUGAUGUUGAUGUAGAUGGUUUCAAUGAGCACUUCAAGCGUCAUCAGCUAUUGUCUGAGAAGAAAAUGGUGAGGAGCGACGACCCAGUUGAGCAAGGUUUAGCUGAUGUCCUGGAUACCCUAUCUGCCGAUGUACUUGCUACGAUUUCUGGCUCAAUUGGAGAACGACUUACUGACGAUUCGUUGAAGUAUCAUGGAUUUGCCGAAGCAUACAAUGUCAAUUUUGAAUUCGACGUGGAGGUACUCGCCACAUGGUCCCUUUCGGGAUUGAACAAGCCACUUUCCGAAGGCGAGGUGUUUGUAAUGGUUUUGGACAAAACUCCAUUCUAUUCUGAAUCUGGUGGUCAAAUUUGGGAUGAAGGUCAACUUGGACCACUGAACGUUUUGAAGGUGCUGAAGAUGGGUGGUAUGGUGUUCCACUUCUGUGUCUACGAUCCAGCUGCCGAAAAAUUUGUACACCCAGGAGCAGUAGUCAAGGCACGUGUUGAUUACAAACGCCGAAUUAAGGUUGCCUGCAACCACACUGGUACCCAUUUGUUGAACUUCGUUCUCCGGGAAGUCUACGACGACCAAUCUUACCAACGUGGGUCUCAACUGGAUGCUGAGAAGCUGAAGUUUGACAUAACUGCCACCAAAGCUUUAACUGACGAGACUUUGCAGCGAAUAGAGAAUAGGAUGCAGGAGAUCAUCGUUUCCGAUUGGAAGGUCGAAGUGAAAGAGCUUGCUUACAAGGAUGCUGUUGAGAUUCCUGGUAUACGUGCAAACUUCACUGAUGUCUACCCCGAGGUUGUACGUGUGGUUUGCAUGACACACAACGGCAGCACUGUGGACGGAACUGUGAACUCAAUUGAGAUCUGCGGUGGUACCCACGUGCCAUCGACUGGUGUAUUGAAGAGCGCUAUUAUAGUGGGAGAGGAGAGCGUUUCUAAGGGUGUCCGUCGUUUGACACUGGCUACCAACGAGCAGAGCGAGAGUUCGAAGGCCAUUUUGGCUUCAUAUUGGGACCAGUUGGCUACUCUUGAGUCUCAACUAUACAAGUUUACUGACGGCAUGGAUACUGCGGUUAUGGCCCAGCAGGCCCAAGAGAAUAUGAAACGCCUUACCGCGCUUCGAUUCCAGAUGCAGGGCGAAAAGCUACUUCCGCUUAUCGGUAGACGUGAUCUGAAGGCUAAAUUUGAUUCGCUGAUAAACGCACAGAUCGAUGCUGGAAAGGUUCACCAGAAGAGGCUUGGUGUUAUAGCCAAGAACAUUUCGUCGGAGUAUGUCUCCAAAUUUCAAUCCGGUGACUUUGGAACCUGGAAGACCGAGCGUUCUGGCAUGGAGUUGAUCAAGAUGGAAGCUAACGAACUGGAAGGUGAUGCCAAGUCUGUCAACGUCUUCGCACAGGCACUGGCUAAGGCUUUCCCUAAGAUGGCGGUACUAAUCACGUCGUCUAACCGUGAUGGCACUUGCGUGUCGUGCCGCUGCGUCGUGCCUUCGGGGAGUGCCCUGGACGCCAUCGCCCUGGCCAACGAGGCUGCCGAGGCACUGGGACAUCAACCAACACUAGCACGAGGUUCGGCCACUAAUGCUAGUUGGAGUAUCUUGGAUUCAACUGUGAAUCCUGGCAGAGUACCCGGCGUCGGUGUAGCUGUGUACGCACUAAGCGAGCACUUUAACACCGUCGCCUCUCUGCAGAGCUCAGCGCAGAACCGGCAUAGGUUCGCCGCGGCGUCUAGCGAAUACUCGACAUCUAAUAAGCAAUCUAGGAAAGGCGCAAGUUGUCGUAUUGCUGCGGUUCACCCGGGAGAGGUGGAACUGUACGAAUUACGUGGUAACGCCAUAGAACGGAUUAAUCGUUAUGAACCCAAAAAGGCAGACGUAACGCUAACUGUUCAUAAUCGACAAGAAUUAUACAAGAAUCGGUUUUUAACCGGCAAAUUCGACCCUCAUCAUAGAGAUAUAUUCGCCUGUGCCUGCGGUGACGGGUUCCAACUAUUCGACUGGCGCCAGUCUGGAGACUCAUCCGUCUGUGUAAGUAACGGGCGAUGUCAUAUAGCCGACGUCCUGGAUAUCGACUUCAAUCCUAACGUACCAAACGAGUUGGUUACAGCCGGUGAGGACUAUAAGAUCGCCUUUUGGGAUCUAAGGGCAACCAAUGAGCCCGUAGAGGUUCUGGAGGGUGAACACAGGAAUUGUGUACAAUAUGCGCUAUUCAACCCGUUCCACGACCAACUGCUUCUUUCCGGGGGACCAAGCGCAACACUGUUACAUCUGAGAGGCGGUAGUCCACCAUUAGUGCACCAGAGCACUUUUACCAGCCGAUUGGGCUGUUGGAGUUUAACUGAUGCUUGGCAUUUUGCGGCACUUUCCGAAGGCAACCUUAUGGUCGAAACCAUCCCAAGUUCGGUCAAGUAUAAACUUUUGCUAUAA